AUCACCAUGAAGGAUGUAAAAUCCAUCAUAUUAUAUAGCCCCUACGCAAAAUUCCUUUUCAUCACGGUUUUCAUCACUUUGUAUAUUCUGUUGGACCUGGAAAGGAACCGCAUCAAUUAUGGUUGCUGCGAGGGCAAGCAUUUUACAAGAAACUCGGAGCUUCCCAUUGCCACAGGAAUCACAGAGAUUGCCAUUGCCACGAGACAUGAAGAACAGACCACAGAGAGUGUUGCAGUAGAGGAAAAAGAUUUUGUGAAUACUCCUGGCUGCCAUAUGGAAGAAAUGAAACCUUUUCCGGCUGCUGUGCUACCUUUUAUCCAUCGUUUGAAUGCCGUUGUGUGUCCCAGGGUGCAGCUACUGAUAACCGAGGUAAUUGCAGGCAAGAAUUAUUUGUUCCUCAAUCAAACCGACACCCAGUUACGCUCCUGUUCUGGCGUGAAAACUCUCAGCGAUGUCAACUGCACUUAUAUGCAAUUUUUGCGAGUGAAUGAUUUUCGCAACAAGAAAAUAGAGCAGAAAUAUUUCAAUUUAAGCGCGCAAUCGAAAUACCUAGAGGUAGGCAGUGGCAAUCAGUAUUUUUGGGUAAAGUGUCGAGCAAAUGGCAAAAUCUUUUACAAUGAUACGCUGUUCUUUCUGCCACCACCACCACCACCACCCAAGAUUAAACCGCGCUUCCAUAGGAAACUCUCUGUCCUGAUACUGGGCAUUGAUUCCAUGUCCCACAUGCAUUAUCUGCGUUCCUUUCCACAAGUGGCAGAGUUCAUUAAAGAACUGCCGCAUACAGAAUUCUGGGGCUACAAUCGCAUUGGUCGCAACACUUAUCCGAAUCUGCUACGCCUCCUGAGCGGCCUCAGCCCCAAGGAGCUGAAUAGCACCUGCUAUGCGAGCAACAAAACCUUUGAUGGCUGUCACUUGUUGUGGGACGACUUCAAAGCGGCAGGAUACACCACUAGCUAUGGCGAGGACAGCGAUUUGUAUGACAUCUUCACGUACAAUAGAAGAGGAUUUAAAAGACAACCCACGGACUACUCUUUGCGACCCGUAAUGGAGAACAUUCGACGGCACACGAAUUAUGAGACGAGCACGUUGGGCAAGCCAUCGAUAACCAUGAGCUGCACCGCUGGACGACUCUAUCAGGAUGUGCUCCAUGAAUUCAUCUACAAGCUAAUGCCGCACAUGAGACAGAAGCCCACCUUCAACCUCUUUUGGCAAACAUCGGGCGUUCAUGACUACUUCAACUAUGCCAAGACAUUGGAUGGGCACUACGUGAGGAUUUUGAGGGAGCUGCAGGAGCAGGGCAUCAUGAAUCACACCCUAAUCCUGCUCAUGUCCGAUCACGGGCUGAGGUUUCAGGGCACCGACUGCGAGGGCCAUGGAUUUACGCAAACAUUUCAGGGCAUGGAGGAGAUGUCGCAGCCAUUGCUGAUAGCACUCUAUCCUGCAUGGAUGAGCCAACGGUUUCCCCUGGCCAUGGGGAAUCUUCAGCGGAAUGCACACAGUCUCGUCACGACUUUCGAUCUGCAUAAAACACUCAAAGACGUGCUCCAUUUGGAUCAAUUGAGCGAUGAUCAAGUGGAGAAUCGUACGCUCAAUUUGGCCAACGAACGCGGCAUCAGUUUGUUUCUGCCAGUUCCAGAGGAAAGGAGCUGCACCACUGCCCAGAUACCAGGACACUUUUGUCUGUGUUUCAAGCUGCGCAAGAUUUCCCGCAAGCAGAGCUCUGUCCAGAGGGCAGCACAGUUCGUGGUGGAUAGCAUCAAUAAGCUGAUCAAACCCUAUCCACAGUGUCAGCCCUUGGGGUUGGUCAAAGUGUUGGCCGCCUAUAAUCUAAGCGGCAGAAAGCAGAAGGCUGAGAAGGCUACACGUGCCACAAAGAAGGGGCCUGUAGAGGACUAUGAUUCAAAGGAUAGCGAAGGACGAGCCGUCUAUCAGAUGAGGGUACGCCUGAAGGCGCGACCCGGUGACGUGGGGGGGCGAAACUACAUUUCAUGUAGUAUAAGCAUCUGGGUAAUCUGA